GCAAUCUGUACUCAACGGUACCACUUGCAACAAACUGCGCAACACCUGUCUAAUAUACUUUUACUGAAGCCUAUCGGAAGAAGCUAUAAGCUAGGGGUCUAGAAGAACUUGGUCCAGAGCACGAAGAGAUUGGAUAUGGCGUCUGCAGCAGUCAACGGCGAUCGAGCGACAGAUCUUACAGAGACUGUUGUCACGCUUCAGCAAACGAUACGGAAGUUUAUAAGAGACGCAAAAGCAGGACGCGAGGGCUUUGUGUUAAGACCAAUAGCUCCUACCAACGAUCAAGCGAACAUGGCAUACGUAAGCGUAACGUCUGCUGACGAGGAGACCGAGGAUCAAUUGCAAGUUUUGAAAGAACGGCUACAGAUCUCAGAACAGCAGCUGCGAUCCAGAGGUGACUGGCAGCCACCACAACAGCUACCCAAUCUGUCAAUAUCGGCUAUUCUAGACCUCGCUGACCUUUCCAACGCUGUUACGCUAUUGGACCAUUUGAUCAACUCUACAAAAUCAACUCAACAGAAUACUCCACAAACUACCUUGUCAUCAUACACCUGGACUUGGGAUCCCACAUGGCAUGAGUUCUACACCUACAUACCCGCUCAACAGGUCUGGGUCUAUCUUUCACGAUGGAAGUUAAACGAAAUCAGAAACGUUUGGGAGCACGUGAGCAUGUCUGGUGUCAAUCUGAUGCCGAAUGUUGCAGCAGAGAUGCUUGGUGCUUGGGAAGACUGGGUUUGGGAUCCUACUUGGCAACGGUGGUAUCUGCAGGUGGACGAAUUUGAUACUAGCGAGAAGAGCCAGAUCUUUGCAAGUCCAUGGCGCAUACGCGACGACGGCGAAUGGGUCUAUGUUGGCGAAACAGAGGUUGUAAUCUAGCGGGAUUCGUCUCUUUGAUACCGGUGCGAUACCAUGGACGACAUGACCUGCACUAGCAAUAGUCUGUUGAACACCGAGACGCAUGAGCAUUGUGCGUGAACCACGCAUGUGAGACUAAGAGGUUAGUUCGGCGAACAACAACAAAGCCC